UAUUAUAAUAAAAUGAUGUUUGAUAUGAUAAAAUAAUAUCAUUUAAUUCAAUAUUCAAAGAACAUUGAAAAAAAAAUCAAAACGAAUUUUAGAUAAUAAUGUUAAAUUUGAUAAUAUAUCUUUCCAAGAUAACAUUUCUAGAAGAAGUUUAAACAAUCAUAACUUUGGCUGUUAGGAAAUGACAAGAAAAAGUUUUCAUCACACGUUUUUGUGAAGGAGUUUGAAAAUUUUUUUUGACAAUAUAGAAAAAUUUGUCUUUCAUUACUUUACAAAAUCCUAAAAUGCGAGAUCAAACGGAACAACUUUUCGUAACCGGCGGGGUCCUUUACAGUUAAUUCAUUUGUUACCAUUUGUUUGCAUUUAGCGGACAAUUCACGCAUGUACAGGUCGUCCUCAACGGACAUUCCAAUGUCUAGAUGAACUAUUACGGAAGGAAUAUACAUCCAAAGAGCGUUCGGAUUUUAUUUCUUAUGUUUUACCAUUUAUAAUAUCACUAGCAUUACGAGUUGAACAGAUAUGUGGACAACCACCACCAUUAUUACGUCAAAAAUCAAAUAAAACUGUAACAAUGUCACAAUAUCAAUGUGCAUCGUUACUAGCAUGUGCCUUUUUCUGUUUAUUUCCAAAACAACAAAAUCGACACAGUAAAUAUGCAUCUUACCAAAAUCCGAAUUUUUAUAGACUUUAUUAUGAUGAUGGUCGACCUGGAUCAUUAUCAGUGAAAGUACAAAAAUUAAAAUGUAUUUUACAUUACUUUAAACGAAUAUCAGAACAUAAACCAAAUGGUGUUUUAACGUUUCGUCGUAGUUAUUUAUCUAGCAAUCGUCUGCCAAAGUGGAAUGAAUCAAAUCAUAAAUUAUGUCAAGUAAAAUUAAUAAAUAAUAAAACAAUCGAAGAUCUGCAUGGGUUCCUUCAAGUUGAUUUUGCUAAUAAAUAUAUCGGUGGUGGUGUGUUAGGUGAAGGGUGUGUUCAAGAAGAAAUUCGAUUUGUUAUCUGUCCAGAAAUGUUGGUCUCACUAUUAUUUUGUGAAGUUAUGGACGAACAAGAAUGUAUAUUUCUUAUUGGUUGUGAACGUUUUUCAUCCUAUAAAGGUUACAGUAGAACAUUUGCAUGGAGUGAAAAUUAUAUUGAUGAAACUCCAAAAGAUAGUUGGGGUCGUCGUUUAUGCCAUGUUGUUGCUAUGGAUGCAUUACGUUUUGAAGUACCAAAAAUACAAUAUCAAUUCGAAUAUAUUCAACGUGAAUUAAUAAAAGCCUCUACAUCAUUUUCUUCUAUUGCUGAUCGUAAUGAAAGAAAAUCAUUUUUGAAUAAAAAUUAUGACCCGGAUUCCAGUAUUGGUAUAGCAACUGGACAUUGGGGAUGUGGUGCAUUCAAUGGCGGACGUGGAUUACUUUACGCAACUCUUCGUGAUCGUAAAUUUUAUCAAGAAUUUAGUGAUUUCUAUCAAUGUUUAUUAGAAAAAGAAAUAACUGUUAAACAAUUAUAUGGAUGUCUGAGACUCUAUUCGUCAACACCAACAAAUUCAUCUGUAUUUGACUUCAUAUUGAGACGGACAAUGACAACGCCAAUAGCUAUUUUGAUUGAUAAUGCCACAUGGCACAAUAAAUUGACUCCUGAAUCUGAACCACCAAAACGAGCUUGGCAAAAAGCAUUAGUCGCUGAUUGGUUAACUCAAAGAAAAAUCAAAUUUGAAUUGUAUAUGACGAAAGCCGAGCUACUCGAAUUAGCAUUUCAACACUUACCUCCACGUGAAUAUAUUGUUGAUCGCGCAGCAAAGAAAUUUGACGUUCAAAUUGUUCGUAUUCCGAUAAAGCAUUGUGUUUUGAUCCCGAUCGAGUUAGUCUGGUCUGGCUUAAAAAACUAUGUUCGAAACCAGAGUGGUCGUUUCAGUCUGAAUGACAUUUCGCAACUAUGUAAUGAAUGGCUAUCAUCGUUAGGGCCAGAACAUGCAAUUGGCUACUUUAAACAUGUGGAAAAACAUGAAGAAAUAUUCAAAACUGCAGAUAGACUUGCUGAAGAACUGGACAAUGAGAUUAUUGAUAGUGACGAUGAGAGUGACAACAAUGAGUUAGAUGAUGAUGAUCCAAACAGUGAUUGA